GGUGAUUCUGAAGAGUGAUGGGGUCAUCCCCCCGCCCCCCGCGGCGCCCGCCCCCGAGCCCCCCGCCACCCUCACCCAGGUGGACGUGAAGAGUCGUGUGGCGGCCUGGUCGGCCUGGGCCACGGAGCAGCAGGACUAUGAUAAACAGUGUCAAUAUUAUGACCGGGAUGAACCUCCAGAGAUGAUGGCUGCCAUAGUGGACCGAGACGUGCAAAUCCUCAACCACAUUCUGGACGACAUUGAGUUCUUCGUGAACAAACUGCAGAAAGCAGCCGAGUCCUUCAACGAGCUCUCCAAGAGGAAGAAAUCUAAAAAGAACAAGAAGAAGGGACCCGGAGAGGGAGUACUAACACUGCGAGCCAAGCCUCCCACUCAGGAGGAGUUUGUUGACUGUUUCCAGAAGUUCAAACAUGCCUUCAACCUGCUGGGGAAGUUGAAGUCCCACAUCCAGAACCCCAGCGCUGAUGACCUGGUCCACUUCCUGUUCACACCACUCAGGAUGGUGAUCCAGACCUCUGGAGGGACAGCGCUGGCUAAGAGUGUGGUGGUUCCUCUGUUGACCAGAGAGGCUAUAGACUUCCUGCACUCAGCUGGGACGGCCGAGGAAAGACACCUGUGGGUUGCCCUGGGGGAGGGGUGGACCAAGUGCAGGUUGGAGUGGCCUAAGGACCACUACUUCCCUCCGUGUACGCUGCAGUUCCGUGACGGUUGGGAACCUCCCAUGAUUCCAUUCGUCCCCCAAUCACGAGAGGCAGAGCUGAAUCAGCUGACCCAGACCUUCGCCCACUCUGAGAUCCUUAGACAGGAGGAGAUGGUACACAGGCUGUCUACUGAGAAUCCGGGUGUACAGGACUUCCCCAAUCCACAAGGGUAUGCAUUCGACACCAAGGCCUACAAGCGCAUGCCCCUCUUGGACCAGGACAUGGCCGUGCAGGCCUUCAAACAGGCUGUCUCACGACACGUAGACCGGAACUACGAGGCCCGCGGCAGCAGAGGUCAGCCAAAACUGUUCGCCAAAUCCAAGUAUGACUUUGUCGCCAGAAACAGCACAGAGCUGUCGGUGGUGAAGGACGAGGUGGUGGAGGUGCUGGAUGACAGGAAGCAGUGGUGGAAGGUUGGUAACUGUGCCGGGGCGUCUGGCUACGUGCCAAACAACAUCCUGGAGGUCACCAAGGCUGUGGACGUCACGGUGCGGGGGGAGCCCAUCUAUAGCCAUACUAUACAGAAACAGCGGACAGACCACGUCCCCAAACCCACGCCGACCCCCAUGCCCCCCAUGCCCCCUAUCCCUACACCCCCCCCUCUUGCCCCGGCACGUCUCCCCACCCCUCCCCUGCCUCCCCCUGCCUCCCCCCCCCGCCCCCCUCCCAGCACGGUGAGUAGACAGAGCAGCAACACCUCCAGCGACGCCGGAAGCAUCCAAGGCAGCGUGACCAUGAGAGACCACCCAAACCAGAGACCCCCGCCAGUCAACCGGAGGAAGUCCAACAUGGAGGAGGUUCAGGAUGAGUUGAUGCACCGCCUCACGUUGGGUCGAAGCGCCAACAAGAAGUUUGCCGUUCCUCCUCGCAGCGCCUCCCUCCCGUCCGUCAACAUCACAUACGACUCCUCCCCUGACGAGGUCAAGGCCUGGCUGCAGCUGAAGGGAUUCAGCUCUGUUACCAUCACCAGUCUGGGAGUGUUAACCGGAGCCCAGCUGUUCUCUCUGAAUAAGGAAGAGCUGAAGACGGUGUGUCCAGACGACGGGGCCAGGGUCUUCAGUCAGGUGACCGUCCAGAAGGCUGCUCUGGAGAGGAGUUCAGGGUCAGAGCUGCAGGAGAUCAUGCGGCGGCGUCAGGAGAAGCUGUCGCUCACAGCCUGUGACUCAGGGGUGGAGUCAUUCGAUGAGGGCAGCAGCCACUGAACCCUCCAGGCCACACCCACCUGUCUCAUGACCAGGCCCCUUUAUGUUGUCACGGUUUCUGUUUCCAGGACGCCACGGAGCGCGCCCAGUUCGCUGAGAUCAUGAGACGCCGACAGGAGCUUCUGGAGCAGUCACCGUAGAAGGAAAGAAACACUAGACAGACAGACUGAAGCCUUCAACAUGGACUACAGCACACAGAGUUAUCAUUCCCGCUGUGAUGCCUGAUGGAAAUAACUACACUUCAAUCAACUAUUGUCUUUGAUUCAAAUGUACCACAGCACACAGAGUUAGCAUCCCCACUGUGAUGCCUGAUGGGAAUAACUACACUUCAAUCAACUACUGUCUUUGAUUCAGUUAUUUGUUGCACAGGAUGGUGGGAAAACUAGCAGCAGAAAAUGUUUCCACCUGAUUGGACCAGAGUUAUUCUAGCUACAGGUGUAAAGUUGUCUUUGGGCGGUGUAGAGGAUAACACUGGACAGAGAAUGGAUCAGGUGGUCUUGAGAUACAGACAAAUGGAACCAACCAAAAUAACCACCGUCUGUGACUAGAUUCGGAUCUAGAGUAUUUCAGAUAUUGAAUGAUAGAUGUUAAUAAUAACCAAUUGUUUAAUAUGAUCAUUAUUGUGUAAAUCUUCUGGUUUGCUGGCAAAGAGAAUAAUAUGAUAUUUAUGUAUAUCCUCUUUUAUGUUAUGGUAAUGCCAAAAGAGUAACUUAAUGCAAAUGACAUUGGUCAAAUGAAUUUCAGAUACAGGCAGAGUAUAGAGUGUAAAGAUAUUUGUUUCUUUAAUAAGGUGCAUCAGAUAAUAUUUACUGAAGGUUUUGACCGUCUCCAUGGCGGCCCUGUUGAUGAGGAUGGGGGCGUUCCCUGGUUCCUCCUGAAGUCCACAAUCGGCUCCUUUGUUUUGCUGACGUUGAG